CCACUGAUGGCGACUCCACAGAGUGUUUGUCUGAUUCUUAAAAAGGUCCGCAUAAUUUUAUUCUUAUCGUAAUGAAAAAAAUUGCUCACUUGGUGUUUGUUGAAUUGUAUUUAAUUGUUGUUAUCUAAUUUUGAUUUCUUCCAAAAAUCUGAAUAUCGAGGGUAAAAAAUCAAGACGGAUUCAUAAACCGCAAGUCUAGGAGAAUGUUAUUUUACAAAAUUUAAAUCACAUUUACUAAGCAACAUUUUGAGAUGACAUCACAUUGUUGGGGGACGGUAUUCUACAUACAAAAUUUGAUAAGAAUCGGUCCGGUAAUUCCGACAGACGAAAUGCGACAGAUAAACGUACUCUAGGGGUCAUCAAACGUUGAGGAAUCAUGAAAGUAGCCGUUCGUCGCUUACGCUCGGGAAAUGAAAAGAAAAAUUGGAAACAAUCAUAUGUAUAUAAUACGACAGAACUUUACUUGAUUCUGCUGAGCGUAAGCUAAGAAGUAUUUUAACAGGCAUCGGACAAAAAGCUACUUUAAUGUUUUUUUCAUGUUUCAUGACCCCUAGAGUAUGAAAAAAUAGGUCUUCUGUCUGUCUGUCUGUCUGUCUGUCUGUCGUGUGUUGUUUGUGUUGAUAUUUAUUAGACAGAUAAUCUCCAAAACUAUCGACCGAUUUUUGUCAAAUUUGUAUGUAUGUUAGAAAGAUCAAGUAGGAGUAGACUGGUAAACCGUAACCAAAAUUUGUCUAAUUAUUCCCAGCAACAAUUUGAUGAUGUCACCAUAAUCUUUUGCCUUUUUCACAAAAAAAAAUUGUAUGUUAUUUAAAUUUUAUAAAAUAACAUACUGCUGAACUCCUAUACUUGUGGUUUAUGAAUGUGCCUUGGAUUUUUACCCAGAUUUUCGCAUAAAAAGUACACUUAAAACAUUUUAUAGUAGAAAUAAGAGAUUACAGCAUGGGUUUUUUUUGUGAUUGGCAUUAUCUAUUUCCCUGUUCUAAAAACUUCAAGUUUUGUCUAAUAACAUGGUACUAAUUUCUCUAUGUUAACCUGUUAAAAUAAAGAAGUGGGUGGAAUAAUAAACCAUACGUAUAGCCACAUAUCAUUUUACACAUUUUAAAUAUAAUUUAACUGAUACAUUUUUGACUUAAUGUCAUCAAAAUUUUGGUGGACAAAGUUUGGUUAGAUUGAUCAUAAAAAUAUGGACCGAACAAUUAGCGUUUUACCAUCUAAAGAAUCAGUCUAGUAGUUUCAGCGAUUAGGUACAUGACUAAUAAAAUCUCUAGCAGACAGGCAAUAGACAACAGACAGACGGAAAUGGGAAACCGACAUUUUUGCAUUGUACAAGUCAUGAGACAUCUAGAAACAAUGAAAUUUACAUUAUUGUAACCUACAACUGUUGGUUUAAUAAUUUAGUUUAGAUGAGAUUAGAUUUUUUAGUAAAACGGCUCAAUCUGAAACAAUGAAAGAAUUAGAAGAACAAUCGAGGAUUCACAAGUACUUAUGUGUAAAGGGAAAAAAGAAAAUAAAACAUUUAAAAACUUCUAGUAAAAAUAAAAAAAAAUGAAACAAUAGACAGCUGAGACAUUGUAUACUUCUAAAAUAGAGUUGUAAGUACUAACCUUAAGUAUUAAAGGAUACAUUUCCAAAUACUCGAAAAUCAGAGCGUUACACUCCUAUUCUGAAGCAAAAGAUAUCAUAUCGUAAAGUAGGUAGUCGAUAACGAUAUUUGGUGUAAAUAUGUCGUUUGCCUUACUUCAUUAAGAUUUCCCUUUGAAAUUUUCUAAACAUAAAGUAGUCUACAUGUUUGUACAAUAAUCAGAACCACUUUGUCCGUAGAAGCAACGUUAUCUUGUAUAUUUGUGCUGCCUGUAUUUGUUCAAAGUUGUAUUACAAUGAACCGUGAUGACACAACAAUCACUGCCAAGUCUGUGGCGAUGUGUGUCUUAUUUACCGCAUCUUUAACGCUUGGAACCCUUCCGAUUCUUCUGUCACGGAUCUUUAAGUGGAACUCCACUUCACAGAAGAAUCCGUAUGUCGAGAAGAUGCUUUGUCUGGGUGGUGGAGUACUCCUGUAUACCACGUUCGUCCACCUGCUACCAGAAGUGUCAGAGAAGAUGAAAAGUAUAAAAAGCAUUGGAACGAAAGACUUACACUAUGCAGAACUUUUAAUGUGCGCGGGAUUUUUUAUCAUGUACUUUGUAGAAGAGUGUGUUCACACUUGUUUGCAUCGUCAGCACAACGAAGAAACUGUGCUUGCAAGAAGUCUAUCCAUAAGACGUGGUACUCUAGAAAAUGAACAGUCAUUCGACUAUGCUAGAACAAACAUAGAAGGUCCUAUUACUAUCUGUGUAGAAGAUAAGAAACAUAUAGGCCACAGUCAUAUGGACCACCAUCAUAAACAUGGUAAAGGUCACAGUCAUUUUGUGUCGGAUGGAAGCAGCUCGACUAUGGUAACCAUCAGAGGACUCUUUGUUGUGUUAGCACUUUCAGUACACGAGCUUUUUGAAGGUUUAGCUGUGGGUUUAGAAUCGUCGAGUAGGAACGUUUGGUAUAUGUUUGGAGCAGUAAGUGCACAUAAGUUAGUUAUAGCUUUUUGUAUUGGAGUUGAACUUGUAACUUCAGGUAUGAGGACGUGGUUAGUUGUAUUGUACGUGUUUAUUUUUGCCGUGGUUAGUCCUUUAGGAAUUGGAAUGGGCAUUAUUGUCACGAACGAUGGUCAAGCAGCUACUGAUUUGCCUUCAUUACUUUUACAAGGUCUUGCUUCAGGUACUUUGUUGUAUGUAGUAUUUUUCGAAAUUUUGAGUUCGGAAAGAAAGAGUGGACUUAAGCAGUUUUUUGCUGUUUUAGCGGGAUUUCUUAUUAUGCUUUGCAUAAAAUUAUUCGAAAAUUGAAUGUUGGAAGCAGUUCUGUGGAGAGAACUAGUUUUCAUUAAUUGAUUAACGGUUUCUACUUUGUAGUAUAUUUUUUUAUUAACUACGAUCAACUUUUAUAAAAAAUCUCUUUUGGUUAUGUGAUAUAUUAAACCAAGUAGUUAGUUCUAGUUUUAAGUUUUAAUUUAUCUUUGUGUUGAAUAUUUUUAUAUUUACUUAGUUAAAUGGUGUACAUUGAAAUCAUUUCUAAGUGUGUGUUAAAAUUUGGUUAUUAUUUACACAGGGAGAUUAUUCGAAAUCAUAUGUGUGAGAAUAUGAUUAAUUUCUGUCAUUUACAUUUUAUAAGAUACAAAUUGUAUGUGUAAUUAACACUGAGUCAAAAAUGUUGAUGCCAAUAAACAUUUGCACAAUUUUAAGACUCGUUUGAAUGCACUGAACUUAUAUUCAUAUAAUACCAAACAUCCAUCAACUUGUGAAAAAUAAACAUGAAAAUGAAAACAGAAAGUUAUUAUACUGAGCUUUACUGUCACUGCAGUUCCAGAAUAAAUAUAUUGAUGAUUUAAUUAACAUAAGAUAAUAUUUAAAUUUUACAUACGUUGUUGUAGUGCAAACAUAUAAAAAUAUCC